AGAGUUUUUAGUACGUAUGCGGUCAUACACUGGUAGUGAGAAAUUUGAGUUUGCAUACGGCCAUUAUGACUCGCUGGACGAGGAAUUAGACGAGAAUGUUUCUGGAGAUAUCACAUUAUUUGCUGCAACUAUAGCAUUGAUGAUUACUUACGCAUGCGUGGCAACACUGUCCUACAGACUGACUGACCAGGUUGGACAACGCAUGUGGCUUGGUUUUGGCGGAAUUUUGGCUGCGGGAUUAGCAAUUGUUUCUAGCUUCGGACUUUGUGCAGCUUGUGGCGUGGAUUUUGUUAGCAUUGUUGGGAUAGUGCCUUUUCUAAUCAUUGGUAUUGGUAUAGACGACAUGUUCAUUCUGCUGUCCGGUUUAUCAGAAGCACAAACUAAGCACUCAGUAGAAGAUAAAUUGGCGGAGACAUUGCGUAUAUCCGGAGUUGGGAUAACAAUAACAUCAAUUACAGACUUGAUUGCUUUCAUGGCUGGAGCUUGGUCAAGUUUUAUAGCUGUUAGAAACUUUUGUAUUUACACAGGAGUCGCUGUUGUGUUCUGUUACAUCAACAAUGUCACCCUGUUUGCUUCUUGUAUCGCCAUAAAUGAACGUCGAGUUGAGGAAAACCGCCACUUUAUGACAUGUAGGCGUAUACAGACAAAGGAAGUUUUGAAAAUCGAAAACCGUUCUAAAACAUAUAUCAUGUGCUGUGGAGGGCGAGCGCCUAGAAAUAGAGAAGAAGCAGAAAGUUUUGUCGAUAAAUUUCCCCGCUGGUUGUUCCCCAAAAUAGUGCUGAAGUUACCUUGCAAAAUUAUCAUAAUAAUUAUAUUUAUUGGAUACUUAGCUGCAGCAAUAUACGGUUGUGUUAAUUUGAAGCAAGGUCUGUUGUUUACACAGUUAGUAAGCGACGAUUCCUACUUUUUUAAAUAUACUGACUGGGAAGAGAAAUAUUUCAAGCGGAACUAUGCUGUCUCGUUCGUUUUUCCAACUACGCAUGCGUACUCUGAACAGGAAACACAGGUUAUGAUCGAUGAGCUGAUGUCAACUGUUCAGUCUAAUAAAUAUUUCGAAAAUGGUUCUGAGGUCAACUGGCUUAAGACAUAUAUGAAUUCUGAAUAUUUGAAUUUAAGUUCGUCUGAAUCGAGUUUUAUAUAUGGACUUAAACGAUUUCUAAGUGACCAACGGUAUUCCGUUUUCGAAAGUGAUGUUGUCAUUGAUUCUAAUGAUAAUCAUAUAACUUCGUCGCGUGUGUAUGUUUUUACGGUAGAUUUAGAAGACAGUCAAGAAGAAGGCAAAAUGAUGCAAGAGUCACGUGACUUAGCACGUGCUGCAACAAUAAACUGUUUUGCUCUCUCACCAGCCUUUGUUGCUUUUGAACAAUAUGUUCGCAUAUUAGACCAAACUCUAUUUUCCGUAGGGAUAGCCUUAGUUGCAGUUUUUAUAAUCACCUGUAUUUUUAUGCCUCACCCGAUACUGAUUAUUUUUGUAACGAUUAUUGUAACGAUGAUUAUGAUUGGUGUGUUUGGAUUCAUAUAUUAUCUCGAUGUUGCUUUAAGUGCAAUCACGAUGAUCCAUAUGAUCAUGAGUAUUGGAUUUUCGGUUGAUUUCACAGCACACAUUUGUCACGGAUACAUGAUCUCGAAUGGGGAGUCACGUGACAUUAGGGUGAAGCAAGCUAUUGAUAAAACAGGUGCUCCAAUAUUCCAUGGAGCUGUUUCAUCUCUUCUUGGUAUAUUAGUGCUUGUUGCUGCAAAGUCGUACAUUUUUAGAACGUUUGCAGCAGUGAUGUCUUUGGUUUUGCUUUUUGGCAUUGCGCAUGCAUUACUUCUGCUUCCGGUUAUUUUAUCGUGGAUAGGUCCGGGAAGACUGAAUUCUGAUGCAUCGAAAGGUUUACAUUCCGACGAAUCUACACAGAACAAACAAGACGAAUACUUUGAAACAGAUGGUACUUUCGUUACUAUUGUCUCUAACAGAAAGGUUAGACAAAGCGGAUUUGGAGAACAAACACAAUUUCCUUCAUCGAGGAAAAGGACUAAUCAAGUUGUGUUUAAUGAAACGAAUCCAGUGCAUAAUGACACUGAAUCACACAGUGAUUAUGAUUAUUAUCAAAGGGGAGAUUUACAACAAAAUGUACAAGACAAUGUUUCAAAUGAACCUGACAGUAGACACAAUAUUGUUUCAGACAUUGAUGAGAGUGGAAACUCCGUGACAUUGCCGAAUAAAGAUUCUGACCAUCAGGAUAAACAUGGUGAUAAUAUGGAUGUCAAUACAAAUGACACAAAAGAUGACAACGACGCGUAUGAUGAUACAGAUACAAAUGCCAUUGUUAAGCCAUAUAACGGUAUUCAGGACACAGGAAACAACAAGAACUUUGCAGAAGAGUUUAAAGACACAGAUGCGCAAAGUAAACAAGAUGACGUUAUUCAGGAAACGGAAGAUAGUGGGAACUCAGCAAAUUCGCAUACUGAUACAGAUGCAGAACAGAAAGAAAAUAACGACCAGCAUCACACUGAGAAUGAUGAUGUAAUAAAAUUUAAACAGUUUGCAUCAAUGUAUAAUCUAAAUAUCAAUGACUUCAACGGUACCUAUUCAUGGCAGAAAGCUAGUACCUAAUUAGUAUGUUUAAAUGUUAACUUGAAAAAGGAAAAAUGCUCAUCUAAAAUUAUAUUGUUUGAUUUAUUAAGAAAUUACCAUUCAUAAUUCUACGCUUUUGUUAUUUUAAAUUUGACUUUUUUUACAUUUUGUUUUAUACAAUAUCAAUUCAUGUAACGCGGUUUAUGUGAUAACAAUUGCGAUAUCAGUCGUUUUUAGCGAGAAUUCGAAGAAUAGAGAGAAAGAGAGAGAGAGAGAGAGAGAUAGAGAGAGAGAGAUCUAUUAAACUCAUCCUGACGUGGGUGUAGAAGUUAGUGUCGCUGUCACAUUUUGGUGAAGUUCUUUUGCGUGCAAGGUGUUGCACACAUUUGUUGUCUGUGAUUAUCUAACAUGAUGGGCACAGAUCUCAUAACUCUGAGUGUUAUGCCCCUUUUGUACUGUCAAGCAAUUAGAAUAGCCGAACGAGCGGGCUGUCAUACGGUUAACUCUUGUUAAUUCUAUAUUAUCCACCAUUCAGUUUAUUAUCCUCCCCGAAAAAAUUCGGGGGAGCAUAUCAUCGCCGGGUUGUCCGUUCGUCAGUCCGUCCGGACGUACGUCCCGAAUUCGUGUCCGGCCCAUAACUUCGACUAUUGCACAGAAAUCAUCACCAUAAUGAAACGACAGCAUUUGGG